AUGGCACAGGGUCGUGUUGUUCAGGGGCAUGCCAAUGGUGAGAACGUUCCCUUAGGCCUGGCGGAACGCCAAGGCCGCGAGAUUCAACAGUACGAAAGGAUUGUGCGGUUUCAAGAAGCCGUCCUCUCUGGUAACCACCCACACUUCAAACUUCCUCCCCAUCUGAUUGCAUCGGCGCAAUCAUCCGUCCAUCCCAUAGAUGGCACGAUCAAAUCUACUGCGCGUGCCCGCCAGCUUGGGAACUCGCGCUCGUUUUCUGCCAAUGCGCAGCAGCCAGGCGUACCUGUCGGCGCAGCCCAGCCUGUUUUGGGCUCUGAGAAUUCAGCCGCAUCCAAGCCCUUUUCCACAGGCAACACUGAAAUCAACCCUAUUCUACUAGAAAAAUCAGACGAUCUCAUCAAGGCCGAGCUGCAAUUGCAGAGGCAGCGACUAGAGCGAGGUUUGAGGGAGGAGAUUGACCAGCGUCGUGCAGCGACGAAAAGUACAGCACAGGGAGAGCCUCUUGCUGACUUCGACCUUUCUGAUGUUCUGUCAAAAGCUCUGACUCUCGUCCAAGCCAGCUCGGCUCCGGUUCCUGCUGAUGAGAACGUGGGUGCUACUAAUCACGAUACUUCAAGUGAUUCCUUCGACGACAACACGUUCUACUCGUCACAGCAUAAUACUCCCGAGUCGGUUUUAAUUUCUCGCGUCAGAAACGAGUCCGAGGAGGCGAGGGCUCCCGCUGCCCCCGAGUCCCAAAAGCCUCCCAGCGUGCGGACUGAUCCUGCUAGACGCAAUCACACGACGGAUGCCGUACCAGAUUCGAACGCUUACCGACCAUACCCGCCCUACCCCCAAACCGCCGCCCAUGACGAUAGACCCCAAAUCGGUCAGGUCCCCGGGCUAAAUCGCCACGUCGAUGAGAGGGUUGUGCCACAUGGGCCGGUUCAGAAUAAUAGUACGGGCCAAAGCCAAUCUGAUGACUCCGGAAACAUGGAGGUGGAUCAGCUGGAUGUGAACUACAGAGCGGCUCCUCGCCAACAUCUCAGUAACUCCUACCUUGACAGCCACCCCCCUUCUCCCCUCAUGCGAAGGCACGAGCGGUCGCCUCCCCCUCAAACCGCACACAUCUCUCCAUUAACAGCUGCCAGACGACCUGUGCCGCCCGUUGAGCAUGUAUCGAUUUCAUCUACAGGGACACCGGCACAAAUUGCUGCGCUCAGAAGUGGGCCUGCUGCGGUCACGAGCCCAGAAAGCUCACCACAAGGCGGGAAGGCAUCGGAUAAGAAGAAGGGGAAGAAGAAGAAGAGAAAGGCAGACAGGCAAGCGCCAGAGGCCGAAGCGACUCCGUACAUCAAGCCAGAACCCCGAUCUCCAUCACCUAUGAAUGCUCCAUCCUAUAUCCGCCCCAACAAACGCCAGAGAUACGCCCAGCGCCCAGAAGAUGAAACAGGCCUAGAAGCACCGCAGACCAGCAGUGCUCCUUAUGAGCCUUACCCAGGCCGGUUGCAGAGGGAUGAUCGCAUUCCUGUAGGCUAUGAAAGGACUGCUAUCUAUCCCCAACGCGCAGCGAGCGCUGCCGGGGCUGGUGGCCCAGUCUAUGGGAGAGAGUAUACAGACGACCGAUAUGUCUCCGGAGUCCCAUAUUAUAUGGCGCAACCCUCACUUGUUCCAGCUUCCCACCCGGACCAUCACCAAGCGCAACUGAGCUCUCAAAUGAGGCCUAGUGACGGAUACCCACGCUCUUCAUGGCCUUACCAGGGCGCCUACGAUACCCCCCCGAUGAGUGUUCGGCCAGAGAGUGAAGCUUUCUUAGCUCCGCCACGCCCACCACCAACUCGGAUCGUUGUAGAUGCUUUUGGACGUGAGUACAUUGAGCCACAGCGCCCCACAGUCGUCCGACAUUCUGUUGCUCCUCCCAUGCGAUCUGGAGACCCUGAAGUCAUCUACGAGCGAACGGCACCUAGGGCUGUGUCUAGACACACCGGAGUCGAGUCGUACGAGCAAGGAGGGGCGAUAUAUCGGAGGGCGUCACCAUCGUACAUGCCGAGGAGGGUUGUGACACAGCCUGAGUAUAUCUCGCAAGAUUACAGAGACAGUCGGCAGCGGGAAUACUCAACACGGCCAAUGGCGCCGCCCAACGAGUUUGUCGAGGUAAUGGCGCCGCCAGAGAGGAGACAUGUGGAGGACGGACCGAGGGAGUUUAUUAGCCGGGCGACGAGCGUCCGGCCAGCAGAGCCUGUGCGAUAUGAGGUCUCUCGUGACUAUGCACGGGUCCAGAGCGUACGCCCCGAGGGGCCAGUUCGCCAGUAUCCGGCGAGUGUCCACCCAGAGGCCCGUCGCGAGGCUGCGCAGCCUUACAUGCGAGACUAUGGUUCCCGCCCGGUGGAGGCAGCCGUGGUGCGACAGGAGUAUAGUAUGCGGCCUGUAGAGCGGUAUUACGACCAGGCGAUGCGAGGAGGUGAGGAGAUUGCAUUUAUUGAGAGGCCAAGAGGGGCGACGCAGGAGAUCGUGUACGCAGACGAUGUAAGGAGAGAAGUGUAUCGUUGA